AUGGCGUCCAGCGGUAGCGAGGGACAACCAACUAGUCCCAUACGUCCCAUGACGACGUUGGACGAAACACCACCACCUACAACGACCAAUAGGGUCGUUUUGGGUGAAGAAAGUUCUACAAUAGUUACCAGAAACGUUUCACGACCGUUGUUUCCUCAACAAGAAGCAGCUCCGGUGGAGCUACUCCCGUCUACACAGCUUCAUAUGUCGCCGUUCUUCACGCCAUCGCUACAACAGACACGAGUAAUCUACUCGACAACACCCCCGUCGAGUUACAUUUCCAACCUCCCGCCGCUGUUUGCAACACUCUUGCCAUUUCAAACGACGGGUGGGCAGAGUUCCAUAACCCUAUUACCACCGUUGGCGCAAACCAUGAUGAGCCACUCACCAUCCAUUUACCCGACGACCUGUACAUGGACCGGACCGACUAUAUCUGCCAACAACAACCUGCAACAACCGGUAAUAAUCAACCCCGCUACAUCCAUACCCCCUUUUUCCACUAGUUAUCCUUUUCAGUUACCAUUCCAACCAUACCCCUUUUACGGACCAAGUCCAGGCUACCUUACACCACCACCGCAUGGUAUGAACUCCCAAUACCAGCAGGGAAUGUCGACCAUCCCAGGACAUGAUGGUUUUUCCCGGAGCGUAACGUCUCCAUUCGUCAAAGAGCUAUUGGAUUAUGAGAUACCAAAUACCGCAAAACUCCCGACACUCAAAACGUACAAUGGGACCACCGACCCGGACAGUCACAUCGACACAUACGAAUGGACGAUGACGUCGCUAAAGCUUAACGAGAAGUUCUGGUGCACAUACUUCCCAACGACGCUCGAGGGCAACACCGGCACGCGGUUCAAAACACUAUAG